GGAGUGACUGGGGCGAGGGGUGGAAUGAGAGCAGGUGAGUGUGCAGGUAAGUGUGAGAGGGGCCGUGUGUGUGCAGGUGGGCGUGUGAGCGGUGAUGCGUGUGCAGGUGAGAGUGCGAGGGGCGAUGUGUGUGCGUGCAGGUGAGCGAUUGAGGGCUGCUACAGUGGGCAGGUGUGUGUGCAGGGAUUGGUCGAUGUGCAGGGGCUGGUCCGUGGGCAGUUGUGUGUGCAGGGGUUGAUCAGUGGGUAGGUGAACAUGCAGGAGUUGGUCCAUAGGCAGGAUUUGGUUCAUGUUCAGGUGUGUGUGCAGGGCUUGGUCCAUAGGCAGGAUUUGGUCCAUGUUCAGGUAUGUGUUCAGGGGCUGGUCCAUGGGUAGGGGUUGGUCCAUGUUCAGGUGUUUGACCAUGUUCAGGUGUGUGUGCAGGGGCUGGUCCAUGUUCAGGUGUGUGUGCAGGGCUUGGUCCAUAGGCAGGAUUUGGUCCAUGUUCAGGUAUGUGUUCAGGGGCUGGUCCAUGGGUAGGGGUUGGUCCAUGUUCAGGUGUUUGACCAUGUUCAGGUGUGUGUGCAGGGCUUGGUCCAUGGGCAAGGAUUGGUCCAUAUUCAGGUGCGUGUGCAGGGGCUGGUCAAUAUCAGGUGUGUGUGCAGGGGUUGGUCCGUGGGCAGAAUUUGGUCCAUGUUCAGGUGUGUGUGCAGGGCUUGGCCCAUGGGAAGGGACUGCUCCAUGUGAGGCACAGCAGGCAGGUGUCCCCAGCCCCUGUCCCACCACAGCCGCCAUGGAGGUGAGCCACUCGGUGAAGGAGCGCACCAUCGCCGAGAACAGCCUGGUGAUCCUGCUGCAGGGCCUGCGCGGCCGCGUCACCACCGUGGAGCUGCGCGACGAGAGCGUGGCCGCGGGGCGCGUCACCAGCGUGGACGCCUUCAUGAACGUGCGCCUGGCCGAGGUGACCUUCACGGACAGGCAGGGCGCCGUGUCCCAGCUGGACGAGCUCUUUGUGACCGGCAGGAACAUCCGCUACGUGCACAUCCCCGACGAGGUGGACAUCCGGGCCACCAUCGAGGAGCAGCUGCAGGCCAUCCACAGGGUGCGCUACUUCGGGGGCCGCGACAAGGGCCGCAGCGAGUUCCUCCAUGCCAAGCACAAGUGAGGGCCUGGCACUGCCCACAGCAGCCAGGAUGGACCUGGGUGGACGUGCCCCUUUGGUGGACUGCCAGCUCCCUCUGUCCCACCCAGUGACAUCCCACAAGGAACAUUUUCCCCCAAGGACUUGGGGCUCUGCUAUUCCCCCCACUGCAGAGGAGCAGGACUGGUUUUUGUAGUGAAUAACACCACUUAAAGGCUC